GGACAAAUCCAUGGUUUCACGUAUCGUCGUAUCGAGCGUCAGUAUCAAAAACAAAUAUGACAUGAACGAUAAACAGCUGAUGGCAUCAAUAAACAUUUUUUAAAUUUACGUUUUUAUUAGAAAUGCAAUUAAAUUUCCAAAUUCUACUUCUAAGCCUCGUGGUCUAUUCCGAGAACGUUAGAGCCGCACAACUACCACAGUUAAAUGGAGUCAGUCCCACCCCUUAUCACGACUGGGACUUCUUAAUGUUCUCACAAAGAUGGCCGAUUACUUCGUGCGCCGAAUGGGAAGACAAAAAAUCAGGCAACACUUGCGUCUUCCCACCAGACCGAACACAAUGGAUAGUUCACGGGAUGUGGCCCACUAAAAACGGAACAGAGGGCCCCUUGUUCUGUCCUUCUGCUAUCCACUUUGAUCCGGAUCUACUGGAUCCCAUGUUGGAUGCUCUCAAAGCACAAUGGACAAAUGUGGAGGCUAAUACCAAAGUUUAUUCCUUCUGGAAACAUGAGUGGGAUAAACAUGGAACUUGUUCGGUAGAUUUGCCAGCACUCAACAGUAUUCCUAGUUUCUUUAGUAAAGGUCUAGAAUUAAAUAAACAAUUAAAUAUCGCUGACAUGCUACUACAAAGUAAAAUAACCCCAGGAACCACCGGUUACACUGUAGACGAGAUAGUAGAUGCCAUAAAAGCAGUGACACAACACCAACCGAAUAUCGAGUGUAUAGUGGAAAGCCAUACUAAGCAAUCCAUGAUUAGUGAGAUUAGGAUAUGUCUGGAUAAAUCCUUCGAAGUGAUCGACUGUGUAGGUUCAGCUCUAACGAAUUGUAACAAAAAGAAACCCAUAAUGUACUUAGAUAAUGUCCCGGAUGAUGCAAUGAGUCAGAUUGAUUACAUAGAUGAAUAUUCGGAAGAGAGGUAUAGGGAGAGUGCGUAUUACAUGGAGUUUUAUAAGUUUGUUAAAUUUCUUAUAUGGUUUUCUAUGUAAUAUUGUAAGAUAUGUAUGGUGAGUGAUCAGAUUAUUAAUAAUCUUUGUCUGUUAAACUUUUUUUCUACUUUUAAGGGCCGGCUGUUCGAACGCUAAUCAACAAUGAUCACUAUCAAAUAUUUAAUUACUGUCACCAAAACUGUCAAUGUCAACUUUUAUUGGGUUGCUGAAAACAUAAUUGAUUAUAAUUAUGAGAUUAGUUAAUCAAUUAACAUAACAAUUAUUAACAUAAUUGAUUUAGUAAUUUCAUAAUUGUAAUCAAUUAUGUUUUCAGCAACCCAAACAAAGUAGACAUUGACAGUUGGUGACAGUAAUUAAAUAUUUGAUAAUGAUCAUGGUUGAUUAGCGUUCGAACAACCGGCCCUAAAACACAAAAAAGCAAGUUCAAUAGCGGAACCGAAUUCAAAAUUAUUUUGCACAUCAUAUUUGAAACAUUAUUUGCUUAAAACAUCUCAUUCUUGUUGGUAAAAUUAAUUUCUCUGGACUAAAUUACGAUUCUGUUGAUAUCCGAGAUACUUGGUCUUCACACAAUAUUACCAAACUGAAUUUUGUUAUAAUAUUCGGUUUAAAUUUUCUAGCCGAUUUCCGAGUCUACUAGGCGAGUUCUUUCACAACACUGAUGAUGGAAGAAUGUUCGAUGUUCAAUAUUAACGUUUUUAUUUGUGCUGUUUUUCCUCAUAAGAUGUCUGGCUUUUGCUGUAUUGGCGUAAGAAGCAUAAUAUAGUGCUGGGCAUGACUACUUCAAUCACACCAAAAAAAGUAGUAAGAAAAUGAGAACUUUAGUAAAAAUCAUUCACACCAAUUCAUAACGUCUACAACCACACUAAAUAUUAAAAAUAAAUACGAACAUAUCGGGCGUCUAUUGCAUAUUGACGCGUUAACAGUGUUGCCAUAUUUUAAGGUGACAAAUAUGUUUUAUAGUUGAAUUAUUAACUUCUUUUAUAAAAUUUUACUAGCUGGCUUUAAUAAUUUGAUCACCUACUAAGGAAUAGAUACAGAUUAUUGGGUAAUUUUUUAAACAAACUGGAAGAAUCAUUGUACUUGCUUAAUAAUGUACUAAUAAGAAUGCUAUCAAAUCACUAAUAUGUUAAUAAUUAUUCCCGUCCUUAAUUUUUCAUAUUACUAAAAGAUGUGACACUUUUGUUGUCUUGCUGUACAGCUUCAUCUAAGUAUAAAGUAAAUUAUGAAAGCGAUCAAAUCCCCUAAUUUUUAUGACUUAAUACUCUGGAUAUGCGGUGAGAAUUCCUUGGAAACAGGAAAACUGAGAAUAAAUGUCUUUUUGUAAAAUUAGGGCUUAUUUUCUUAUUAUACCCCCCGCAAAGUAUCCAAUUGUAAUUGUUAAAAUCUUUAUAUAUUUGUAUAUAGGUUAGGAUUAAUCAAAAAAGGCUGUGUAAUGUCUCUACAUUUAAUAUGUAGAUGUUUAAAAAAAAGGGAUAUUUUUUAAAUAUGUUUAUGGCAAUUUCUUAAUAUACACGAGAUUUUACUUCCUGGUAUGUUUAGUCUCAACUCAGAAUUUUCCUUUGGGGUGGGGGGUUGGCUUGGACACAGAAAUUUUUUUUAUUUUUUUUUGUGAAAAACGAAUUACAUUUUGCUACUAUUCCUUAUAUAUUUUUUAUAUGUCCUUGGGGGCGAUGGUUAACCCCUAAAACAGUGGGUACGCCACUAUAUAAUAACACCUAGAUUAGGCAAAUCCGACAAAUAGCGUAACGCGGAGCAGUUCGGGUCGGUGGUCUAUCUAUCUCGCUCUACCGGCGCUUAGCUUUUUUAGACAAAGAUAGCUAGACCACCGUACUUGAUAUUGGCGUUACACCCCGAUGCAUUGAGUGGCAUAUGACUAGCCAGAUCUAUAGUUAACAUGUCUCUGUUUUACUCGCUAACUAAAUUUUGAUAAUAGGGCUUUUCAUUCAGUCAUUUGUUUCGAGCUUCUGUCAUGUGUCACAUAAUAUUAAUAUAUCUACGUCAUACGUUAUUGAUAUAUACCAAUGAUACAAACCAAAGACGUAUGGCGUAGAUAUAUUAAUAUAAUGUGACACAUGACAGAAGCUCGAAACAAAUGACAGUCGAUGAAAAGCCCUAUAUAUUGGUUAAUUGUCAAUUGGUCAAGUCGGGCAAUUGUAAAUAAAGAGACAAUGUUGAAGUUAUAUUUACAAAGAACUGAAAAGACAUGUGCAGAUAGUAUACUGUAUAAUAUUGUAAGUUAAGUGUUAGUCUUAUGACAUUCUUAAAUUCCUCUUAUGACAUUCAAUUUAAAAAGCCUUACUUGUGGAAGACUUUGUUUCCAGUGACAUAUGACUACCAAUUGAAAGCAUUUUGUUGAUUUUCAUAUAAAACAAAUAUGAAACUGUUAUACAGUGAUGAGCGCGCUAAUAACCGGUAAAAUAAUGCAAAAUAUGGAAAACACAUUAAGUUGUGAGAUAAAAAGAAAUGAAACUAGUGAAGGUGGGAGAUUUAGCGAUAAAAAAGUGUAAAUUUUCAUUCUACUAAUUGUUUCCCACCUUUAGACGUAUCGGACGAGUUUGGCAACUGCCACUAUGACAGUUUUAGUUCAUAUACUUCUCCGAUAUGUCUAAAGGUGGGAAAAAAUAAAUAGAAUGUAAGUUUAUAGGUUUUUAUCGCUAAAUCUCCCACCUCCACUAGUUCAUUUCUUUUUAUCUCACAACUUAAUGUGUUUUCCAUCUUUUGCGUUAUUAUGUCGGUUAUUAGCGCGCUCAUCAAUUGAGCGCGCUAAUAACCGGCGCGCGUUUAUAUUGGUCAAUUCCUUAUAAAUCCUUUGCACUUCAUUAAAUUUUGACGUUGUCAUUUUUAUACAGCGUUGUCAUAUUGUGGAGUAGGUAAGUAGAAAAUGUCAGGAAUUGUGAAAUGAAUAAUUUAAUUUCCAUUAGAGUUCAAUGGUUCUUUACAGUUUUAAAGUUGUACAUGAUCGGUUACUUACAGUUAGUUACACAAAACUUUGUGAUAAUAAUAAAAAUAACCGUCUUGAAUAAAACUCUUGCAACGCAAUAAAUAUAAAAGUAACAAUAGUUCCUAUAAAUAAUUUGCACUCCAUUAAUUAAAAGUCAAUUGUUUUUUCAGCGAUAUUGAAUGUAAAUAAUUAUUGUUUUUUACUAGACAUUUUUUCUAUAAAUUUUAUUUUUUGAAAAUAUAUUAAAAGUGUCAGGUAAUUUCAAGGACGAUGUAGAAAUGUUAUUGAUCGCAUGCAACAGACAUAAAUUGAAGGUAUAUCAGAAUUUUCUAUUGUAUAAAUUUUCCAGUUAGCUUGUAUAUUGUACAUUAUUUAUAUAUAUUAUAUUAUAUUAAUUUUUGUAGAAAAUAUAUACAAAAUGAUAAUGCACACUUAUUUACUUUUUAAUUCAAAUUUAGUAUUAAACCAUUUUACAAUUAUUAUAACAAAUUUAUUUUUGCAAAAAGAAAGAUUACUUAUUUAAUCUGUAACUAAAACUAAAUAAAUAUUUUAAAAUCUCA